GACUGCAGACUUCCGGUUGUACGUGGUGCAUCCACGUGGGUCCGAGCCGGGUGUGCCAGGGGCUAUCGAGAUGGAGCCGCUGGACCGUGUCCUAAAGCCUAAAACUAGAAGGGCAAAACGUUUUCUUGAGAAGAGAGAGCCAAAGCUCACUGAAAAUACGAAAAAUGCUAUGCUCAUAAAAGGUGGAAAUGCAAACUUAACUGUGACUGGAGUGCUUAAAGACAUUUAUGCCCUGAAAAAGCCCUUUGCUGUCCUAUAUAAAAAAAAAAAUAUUACCAGACCUUUUGAGGAUCAGACAUCAUUGGAAUUUUUUUCCAAGAAGUCAGAUUGUUCUUUGUUUAUGUUUGGUUCGCACAACAAGAAGAGGCCUAACAACUUAAUAAUAGGCUGCAUGUUUGAUUAUCACGUCCUAGAUAUGAUUGAGCUAGGCAUUGAGAAAUUUGUCUCUUUAAAAGAGAUUAAGAACAGCAAGUGUCCUGAAGGAACAAAACCCAUGUUAAUAUUUGCUGGUGAUAUGUUUGACUUAAGUGAGGAGUACAGAAGAUUAAAAAGCCUUCUCAUUGACUUCUUCAGGGGUCCUACCGUGCCCUAUGUUCGCCUGGCUGGAUUAGAACAUGUUCUGCAUUUCACAGCUCAGGAUGGGAAAAUUUACAUGCGAAGCUAUAAAGUAUUACUGAAGAAAUCAGGCUGUAAAAUACCAAGGAUUGAAUUAGAAGACAUGGGACCUUCAUUAGAUUUGGUGAUGAGGAGGACACAUUUGGCUUCAGAUGACCUUUAUAAGUUAUCUUUAAAACAGCCUAAGGCACUCAAGCCAAAGAAGAAGAAAAAUAUCUCCCGUGAUGUCUUUGGUACGACCUAUGGUCGAAUCCAUAUGAAGAAACAGGAUCUUGGUAAAUUACAGACCAGGAAAAUGAAAGGGUUAAGGAAGAGGCCCGCAGAGCGGAUAACUGAAGACGGUGAAGGGAUUAGUCCAAAGAAAACAAAAUCAGCUUGAUAGGAUGGAAUAAUUCUGGGGACUUUUGCAACCAUCAGUUCUCACUGUAUUUCUCACAAAGUACGUGGCAGAGACGGACCUUUCUGCUGCUAUUUUUUUUAAAAGCCUUGUAAAUAUUUUUUUAAUGCAACUUCAUAUACAAAUGGAUGUGCGGUCUCAGGCUUUAACAUACAACCAGAGUAUUAAAAAGGAAGUAAUCUGACAUGAUUUAUCAGGCUUCAGCAAACUGAAUAAACGUAUCUGGUAUCAUCAUCAGAAGAGAUAAUUCAGUUGUGUAGUAACAGACAGCAUUGUGGGUUUUUAUUCCUGGGACACGGGUUGAAUUAGGCUCAUCACAUAAACUCUAUUCUGGAAUUAAGUGUAAAUAAUUUUCUUAUUGACUUACGCUUUCAUCUUAUGUUAAGUUUAUUUAGACUCCCAGAUAACUUGGAGUACCCCUCUCUCUAACUUAAUAAACUAAGUUGUCUUCACUGUGUGUUUCAUAAAAGAGAAACAAUGUCAGCAUUAAUAUCUGCUUGUUAGCUGUCUCCUUGUUCUCUCCUCAAAUGCCACUUAUUUGAGGUGUUUAUGCUACUUUCAUCACCAUAGUAUUGAAACGCAUGAUGCUCACCUUGAGUAUAAAUGAGACCUUCAGGAUUUUAGUUUCUGGUAUGCAAUCCUUUGUUUCAUUUCCACAAAGACUGGAAGUGUCAAAACCAACUUAGUCUCUGGUUUUUAAUCUUAGUAUUUAUACCAUUUUCCUUGCCAUACUUGAGUGCCAGAAAGAGAUUACUAAUGCAGCAAAGGUUUGACUGCUUUUUUCCUCUAUCUUCUCAUGGCUUUGAGAGCCUUGUUCUACUAAUACUCUUACAAAACAAAAUCUAAAGUUGUUUUCCACUUAAGCUGGUGCCAAAGCCUUAUGUAGCAAGCUAGUGAAAAAUGCUCAAGGCUUAAUGAGGUAGAAGUUAGAAUAUAGCAAGU